AUGUCGAUCCGAAUCGUCCUCGACAAGCAGCCAGAGUUCUACACCAACCUCGACUUCAUUAGUGGCCGUGUGUUACUGUCCCUCCACAGGCCCGAGAAUAUCGGCAAUGUCAUCGUCAAGCUCGAAGGCGAGUCGCGGACCGCCCUCACCGUGCCCAUGGCCGAUCGCGACGACUACACCCAAGCUGGAGCCGGUAGCGUCGUAUCCGAAACCCACAAGAUCCUGUACCGACUUUUUCGUGUCUACCCCGACGACGGCGCGCAUCUCCCCUUCCAGCCGGGCCAGCACGAGUUCAAGUUCAACUUCAAGGUGCCCCUCAACAACAUCUGCCACGACCCGAAGGCUAUGGGCGCCCUGAUGGGCAUCGGCGGCGCCGCCAAUUCGUCCGGGCUCCUCGGCAUGGGCGGCUUCCGUACUAUGGAUGGCACCCGACAGCUCAUGCUGCAGCACGUCAAGUCGACCUUGCCGCCCUCGCUGACGGGCUUCCCGCAGGAGGCCGAGAUACGCUACUACAUCAAGGUCACCAUCCAGCGCCCGGGCAUCUUCAAGGAGAAUUGGCGCUACCAGCUGGGCUUCAAGUUCUCGCCCAUCGAGCCUCCACGCCCUGUCAAAACGACCCAGGAAGCCUUCGCGCGCCGCCCUUUCAACUUUAGGCCACGCGCCCCCGCGCCCGCGUUUUCGAAGAAAUCUCUAUUUGGUAGUAGCAAGCCGACCGCGACCCCGAACGCCGACACAGGCGGGACGAGCCCACCCUCGAUCGAGAUGUCUGCGCGCAUACCGUUUCCCACCAUCUUGACGUGCAAUGAGCCACUGCCCCUGCGCCUGUUCGCCAAAAAGCUCGCGCCCACACCCGAGCAAGUAUACCUGACGGCCUUCGAGAUCGUCCUCGUGGGGUACACGGCAGUACGGGUACAGAGUCUCGAGAACGUGGAGCGCUCAACUUGGGUGGUGCUCUCGGCCCCCAACCUCUCGAUGGCCCUGGGCACGCCCGCCGACGCCGUCGAUACCGAGUUCGAGGUGUCCAACUCGCUGUGGUCGAUGCUGCGGUUGCCCAAUACAGUCGCUCCCUCGUUUCGCACCUGCAACCUGGCGCGUCGUUACGAGAUCCAGAUGAAGCUGAGUCUGAGUUGGGGUCUCCCCUCGGGCUCGGGGAAGGGCAAGAGUACGGCGUACCCGGAGGUCAUUAGCCUGCCCCUGAAACUGUCGAAUGUCGAGGUCUAUUCGGGCGUCAAGCCACCGGCCCAGCUUGUGCAGGCCCAGGCGAACCGACCACCGCGCCCGCCACCCCGACAAAGCGCGACCCAGUCGACGCCAUUAGUCCCGCAGCCGAGGCCGAGCGAUCCGCUGUACCCGCCGCAGCUGGGUCCCAACAACGUCCCGGCGUACGACGAUGCUCCGCCGAGCUACGAUGAGGCUAUAGCGGACAGCGUGGGCGGGCCGCAGGAGAGGCCGGCUUAUAGCGGUGUCACCGCCGAGAAUGCACCCAGUACCAGUAAGCAACUUGUCGAGUGGUUUUAUGCCCCUGUUUGGACACCCAAGAGCGAGAAAUUCUUGUUGCAGACCAUCAAGCGGUGGAUAUUAAAGUUUAACAGUGGCACAAGCAACGAUUCGGUUGUAUUCUUGUUUGGAUAG